GAUAAAUAGGUCAGUCUGUCAACGAAAGUUCAACACGGUGUGGUAAAGGAGAUUAACAAAUGGAUACACAUAUUAUUUGAUUUUCUGACACACAUUUUAAAUAUUUCACCAGAAUAAAAUGAUUAUUUGAAAGAAAUAGGUACGGAGCAUACGCCAGGUUUGGAAUGGUUUUUAUAGAGACUGUUGCUGUAAACAACACAGAGGCCCUUUUGACAUUUUACCAAGUUCAAGGUCGUUUUAAAGAGGUUCACAACGGGGAGCUGUAGAUUACCUGUCAACUUUUGACGUGCUGUCUGGCAGGUCAUGUCUGUAAUAAUGGGCAAGGAAGCUAGCCUAGAUGGUUUAGAAUUUGAUGGUGAUACAGUAUUGUGUAGGGUUUGUGGUGAUAAGGCCAGUGGUUUUCACUAUGGUGUGCAUGCUUGUGAGGGAUGUAAGGGAUUUUUCCGGAGAAGCAUUCAACAGAAGAUACAGUAUAGACCAUGCUUGAAGAAUCAACAAUGUAAUAUAAUGAGAGUGAAUCGGAACCGAUGUCAGUACUGUAGACUGAAGAAAUGUAUCGCUGUCGGAAUGUCAAGAGAUGCUGUACGUUUUGGUCGGGUACCGAAGAAGGAAAAGGCCCGGAUCAUCGAGCAGAUGCAGAAAAGUAAUCUUCAGUUAGCAGCAACGGCACUGUCGUCUGCUAUCAGUACACAAGAUAUGGUACAAUCUGUGAUUGUCGCUCACCAUCAGACGAGCGAAUAUGGUCCGGAGAAAGCUAAAGUGAUGAGGGAAAUAGCUCUGUUACAGAAUGACUACGUUGAUUGCCCGGCACACAUGGCAUGUCCUCUGAACUCGUAUGCUGGGAGUGACAAUACAGAUAAUCAGGAUUGGACCGACUUCUCAGAGUUCUUUGCCCCUGCUAUAAAGUCGGUGGUGGACUUCGCAAAACUUAUCCCAGGAUUCCUUUUAUUCAAUCAGGAUGAUCAAGUAACUUUAUUAAAGGCAGCAACAUUUGAAGUGCUUUUAAUUAGAAUGGCAUGCUUGUUUGACAAUGAAUCUAACACUAUGAUGUUUGCACACGGGAAGUUAUUUCGCCGUCAAACAACAGGGUUAUCAACUAGUGUUGGAUUUCUGCUAGACUCAAUGUUCGAUUUUGCUGAGCGGUUUAACAAAUUGAAUUUGAACGAUGAUGAACUGGCCUUAUUUUGUGCAGUUGUACUUUUAUCUCCAGAUCGACCAGGAUUACGACAGGUGGAUCAGGUGGAGAAGGUACAAAGUAAAUUAACAGAGAGUCUACAGAAUAUGAUCAACACUAAUCACAAGGAGGACAAUACUCUAUUUGCUAAAUUACUCAUGAAAACAACAGAUUUACGUACCUUGAAUGCCCUACAUUCGGAAAAAACUGUCGGGUCAGCUGAUAGGAAUGAGGAUGGUACUGUUGAAAUGCAAGAUUCCCUGUCUGAUAAUAGAUCUGAAGACUUGACCCCGUCCGACUCAAUGUCAUCCAUCAACACCAUAACAUCAUCAUCCACUAUGGACACUGCUAGUUCAAUGUAUGAUAGUAACGGUUCAUUAAUUCAUCAACAAAACAGAUUCUCCGGUGAGAGCCCAAACGGAAAACCAAUUCUAUCGCAAAAGAAAAGGGUACUUUUGGAAAUGGUUCCAGAGCAGCCGCGACGAAGGUGUCACACACUGGAUCGAGACUCGCAGAUUUCACGUCCGAGACUGCACACCAUCGAGGAAGGUUCUCGUCGACGUUACACAAUGGAUAGAGAGUAUAUAACAAAGAUGGUGGGAAAGUUAAGUGAUAGGCUCGAGAAACGAGCACACGUUAAUAGUAUGCCUGGAUCUGUUAACAGCUCAGCGUGCUCAUCACCUGUACCUAUACUUGAAGAACAAUACAGUCAGUAUAUGAACAGAAAUCGUGACUUCAUUCCAAUUUCAACGCCAGACUCCAGUGCAUGCAGCUCUCGUACGAGUCCCUCAUUUCAUAAAGACACGCUUCAGCCAUUUGCUUCGUCCCCAAAUUCACCAAGACCCAGGUCGGGCUCAAUUGGCACUGACGACUUCGGUCCAAUGCAGAGGCCACGUUGCGCAAGUUUUCAUGUCAACUCAGAAGGUCAUGCUGCUCAAGGUCGUUCAUACAUGGACGGUGAUUACUUGACAGCUGACGGCCAGCAAUAUAGAAUGUCGGCUGAGAUGCGACGUGGGAGCGUUGGUGCAUCAUACAAUCUUCAUGCUAAGAAGAAGUCCCUUUUAGUUGACAGACAUCCAGCGUACUUGUCUCAGAAUCUCACGCAUGAGUCUAUUUUUAGAAAGUCAGAAAAACAGAGGUCACCUCUUGCCCUUGAUGAUUCUAAUAAGAGAGGUCACAUUGGUAGUGGAUCAAGUGCUUUUGAGCAAGUUACCCAUCUUAGCAUACCACCAUCAUGGGGUACGAACCUUGUUGGUCGUCAAGAGCAACCAGAUCCUCCCAAGGUGUCGGUAACAAUUGAGGACUUCUCUACAACACAGCAGCAUGGAGGAGGGGAUAAAUUCAAUGCAGAGUUGAAAAGAGUAAUCUCCCCUAAUAACUCUUCAAGAAACUCUCCUGAAAUGGAGACAAAAAAGUCAGACGAGGUUUAUCACAAGAAGUUUGACAAGAUCAGAAAACAUCCAUUAGGUACUAGCGAAGAAACUCGGCAAAUGGAGAAUUUAACUAUUAGUGAUUUAGAACAAAUGGAAAGUGAUGACAUUUGUGUUGACGAUAAGGUAUCUAAUUCAGAGACAGUAAAACAAGAGAAAAGUAAGAAAUCUGCAUGUGAUACCCAUCCGCAAUUACUUGCCCAAUUAAAUUCUGGUCCGCAAUUUACACCGAACAUUCAUCCAGCAUUUCAGCCAGCGGCUGGUCCGCAGCUUUUAAGUCUGUAUCAUAUCCAACAACAACAACAACAGCAGCAAAAUGCUGGCAAUCCGAAUAGUAAUCAUGGUAGCACAUCACCAAAUAAUGUCGUUCUCUCAGUUCCAAAGGCCCCAUUCAUGAAUCAUAACUCACUUAGUUCUUCUCCCCCAUCCACAAUGACAUCAUCGCCAAGAAAUGACUCUCCGUGUUUACAAAACAUUCUGAAUCGACGUGAUAACAGUGCUUUUCUUAAUAAAGCCGAGAAAAUUCAGAAACAGGAGCCGUCACCACAGGAGAUCCAGCAUUAUCGUAACAGUCAGACGUCGCAGCAGCCAAUGCAGCAGCCUAUGUUCGCAGGUUUUACAGCUCACCCUGGUCAACAGCAGGCCAUGAUGCAGAAUCCGUACAUGUUGUAUCAGCAGCUGUUAAUGCAGCAACAAGGAAUGAGAGCUCCGGCAUAUAAUGAACACCUUGCCGGUAUGCAGCAGAUGGUCUAUGGAGGAAAUACACAGCAGUUAAGAAGGUGUAGUGGAGGAGAUAUACCUUUGAAUUUGGUCCAGCCAAAUGGACUGGCCCAGUCCCAUUCCCAGUCCUCGGAUGCCGUGGAUGCCUCUGGAAGCGAGUUGAUUCAAAACAUCAAAGAAGAAGUGAUUUCCUAACACACACAUGUAAAUUAUGUUUCACUACAUUUGGAGGACAGUUUUUGCUUUAUCAUUAUUAUCCAUCUAUUGUGACUGUUCAACAUGGAGGAAUAGCUUAUUUUUCUCAGAACGUUGUUUUCCUUUGUGAAGAGUACUCUGAAAAGUGGGUUUCUAUCACAGAAUUACUUCCCUUUGUGACUCUUCAAAGAUAGAGGAAAAAUCCUCAGCACAGGAAGUUAACAUUCUUUGUCUUCUGCUAUAACAGCUGGGAGAAGACAAGAUUUUUCAUUCUCAUCAGAUGAUUUCCUUGCUGUUAAAACAUUCACUGAAACGGGAGGAGAUAUUUUAUAUGAAAAUGACAUGAUGGUUGUUGGAAUUUAACUGUAUAUUUAAUUUAUGAGAAACAGAAUAUUUUUUUCUGCUUGUGUGAUAUACAUGUACUUCAUUUCAUUAACUCAAAAUUAGGCAGCAUUUAUUGCUUUACUAAAUAUUAGGUUCAAACAUUCGUAUAAUAAUUUUUUUUAAAGCCAUUUAAAUAUGUAUCAGUUGUUCACUAGGAAAAAGUGUUUUUGGGAAUGACUGCGGUACUGAAUUUUACCUGUAGUAAAGAUAGGCUUCAUAUUUUCUGUUUUACCAUUUCAAGUGCUCACCAAAGUUUUCCUUCCUUCCUUCCUUUCUUCCUUCUUUUCUUCAUGAACCACUACCAACUAGAUCAAGGUCAAGGACACUUAGACUGAAACAGUGAAAUGUGGGGGCAUCCAUUUCAAAUGGAAACAUUUCUAGUUUUAACACUUGUU